AUGGCAAGCGUUGCCUCCCCCGGAAGCUUGCAGCGGGUUGCAGCAGCAACCUGCUACGAGGAAUAUUACGGUCGCUCAUUGUUUCAGAAUGAUCGAAACUCGACUCAAACGGUCUCGUGCCCUUGGGAUUCCACCCAAGCGCCAAAAUCAUCCGCUGCUGAUCAUCCCGAUAAAAGACAACGAGACGGUCAGGUACUAGUCGAUUCAGUGUCAUCGAAUUCUUCGGCCGCAUGUCGCAAGUCCGCGAUCCGAAAUAAACGACAAAGCACGCAAGCGACAGAUCAAGAUACAACGGUUGUGAAGAAUGUGCAUUUCGAUGAAACUUUCGAGCAAAGCUGUUUCUUCCUGUCAGCAGACGCUCCUCGGGCACUGAUACAAGAUAUCACUUCGACAGGAAACGGAGAGGACGGCAUAGUCUCUGAGAUGAACUUACGAAAAAGGCUUUGCCUAUUACACUCCCCGCUUGCUUCACCUUCAGCGUGGCAGCCUGUUCAGUUAGAGAGCCUGGAAAUUUUGCCAACAGGAAAGCAGAUCAAAGGGACGGUGAAAGUGCUAAACCUCGGAUUGGAGAAAGAUGUGGCUGCUCGUUUCACCUUUGAUGGCUGGAAAACGGUCUCGGAGGUAGCCGCGGAGCAUGGGCAGUCCCUGUACUUGGGAAAUUCAAUUGUUUCCGACAGGUUUGCUUUCUUGAUCGAUCCAGGGAGCUUACCAUUUGAAAUUGGAAACAUUAUUCGUGUCUGCAUCCGUUACAAUGUGCUCGACCAGGAAUACUGGGACAAUAAUGGGGGCACGAAUUUCAAUGUCACUCUAUCCAUUUAG